UUGCUUAGUGCAGUUCUUUUACUUUUAAGACGGUUUACAAUGUGUAAUGUGUCAAGUAUGCGCACAGAGACGGUUUCUACAAUCAAAGAACAAUCAACAUGUAUAGACCCUAGUAUGGUUCCCGGCUUCAAAGAUUUCUGCAUGGACAUAUUGCACAGUCCAACUGAGCCGUCUCCGGGGCCAGCUAACAUCAAUAACGAUGAAGACCAACAUGUCCCUCCAGAUAGCACAAUUCACGAAAGCAAACUGAUCCUAGAUAACGGUAAUUGUUUUGGUACAGCGAUUUUGGUUUCGGUUGCGAUAGGUUGCUUUCUAGCAGGAGGCUUCAGUGUUUGGCUCGUCAUGUUCUGCUGUAGAAUGUCUAUGUGUUUAAGAUCCCCUAAUAAGAAUACAGUUGUCGCAGAUGCUAGUAAUGGUCGCGCGAAUUGGAACUCAACGAGCCGUGAUAGGCCGAUCGGAUCAACAAGCUCUGCUCAGUUAUUAACAAAUGCUUCUGCAGAAUCAAUGAGUACAAACAACACAUUAUUAUCUACCGGGGAAAGCCCGCCUUUUGACACUUCACGUUCUACAGAAGCGUCUGCUGCAUGGAAUAGAUCCGGGAGGCAGCAGGGCGGCCAUUCACGUUCGCCUUCAGCUCCUUGGCCAGACAUAGGAAGACCUUUGUUACCAAGUUCAAGAUCUCGUUCUGCACAGUGGAAUGGCCCUCGACGAACGACAUCCGCUCACUCAACAGCCCAAACAUCCCAUUGGGCAGACUCUGGUCUGAUGUCGUUACCAAAUGCCCAAACACCAUCGGCGUCAUGGAUCGACCAUGCACAGCCGUCUUUCACAAAUGGUCAUUCCCAUUCCGCGCCUUGGUUAGACACAAUAUAUAGCCCUGCGAGUGAAAGUUCUUCUCGAGAUUACCAGAGUAUCCACGGUGGUUCGGAGAAUCCAUACGCACCUUGUAGUGAAAGUAGCAGUGAUUAUUCUGCCGCGCAAUCACAUCGAGUAAUGAUAAUACGUGACGGGGAGAUAUACCAGCCCAGCAGUGAGAGUAGCGGAAGUAAUAACGAUUAUACAAGCCUCAAAGGACAGCGCUUCAGCAGACAGAACGAAAGCAUUUACUACCCUACUAGUGAAGGGUCAAAUAAAGAUUACGCAAGUUUGAGCAAUGAAAAGGAUAAGAAUAUGAUCUCAGUGAGUAAUUUUAAUGCAAUAGAUGAGACUGAUCAAAGAGAAAAUGAGAACCAUCUCAACAAUGUGACAUUCAAUGUUAGCGGCUUGACAUUCCCAGCACAAGCAUGUUCCAGAUCUAACCUCGGAUGGGCAUCUAAUUUACAAGAAAUAAAUGAAUAUGAAACCGUAGAUUCUACACUGAAGCAUGAAGAAAAAGAUGUGGAUGUUAGUCAUGUCAGAACGCUUGCAGAUAUGUGUGAUGUUAAUCAUAACACUGAAAGUACAUUACAAGCCCAUGAGUAUUUUACUUUGGAACCUUUGCAGAACCAAAAGAUGUAAGGUCACCAGGCAUGUUCGCUUAGUGUUUCAGCAAGGCCUUCUUUACUAUGAAAUCCACACGCCUAUUAUUAGUUUGAAAAUGAAUAGUUGUUAACAGCUUCUAAAACUUGAUAUUUUAUGUAUAUCAGAUAAUGUUUUCAGUAUUAUACAUUGACUCGAAAUUGCAAAGAUGACAUGAUUUGGUAUUCAUGAAGAAAAACACGUUUGUUAAAGCUGUUAUGACGUAUAAUUAUUUCAUGAACAUUCAAAUUAUUCGUCAUGAAAUAGCAGGCCUAUAUAAACAAAAUUAAUGGUAUACCUUUAACAGUUACGUCACAUCAAUUUAUAUGUUUGCAUGUAAACUGUUACAAGAUUUUUUAAAACGUUUUUCUAAAAUUCUAAAACUUUUAUUUUCCCCCUAGUAAACAAGAUAUGCAUCACUUUUAUCAUUAUAAAGUGAAUGAUAGCUGUAUUUCAUAUUAACAAAUUACAAUAAUUGGAGAACGACAAACGUAAUUAAAUAUAUUACAGUAUA